AUGGCGUACGGGCCCCCACCUCCGCUCCCAGGCCAGGGGGCCCCCACCUCCGCUCCCAGGCCAAGGGGACCCCACCUCCGCUCCCAGGCCAAGGGGACCCCACCUCCACUCCCAGGCCAGGGGGCCGGGGCUUUCUGCCCCGAGGGGCGCGGGGGCGCGGGGCGCGAACUGGAGCGCAGGGGCAAGAUUCCCGAAACGUGGGCUGGCGGGGCAGCCGCGAUCCUCCCACCUCCAGCGCCGAGGGCGGGCGGCUGGUGGGGGCGGCGGCUGCGGGCCCGCAGGCGGACCGGGGGUCGCAGUACCGCCGGCAUCUACGUCCAGGGGUGCCUGGGUUUGGGGGUUCACCAGCAGAAGGAGGACGAAAGCCCACCUGGGGAGGAAAAGCCCACUCUCGGGACUCCUCUGCCUGCUCGCCGGCCGUCUGGGGUCGAGCCGAAGAGUAACACGUGGAUCCGGGCGGGGCCAGGUGCCCGCGGCCGUGACCUUCCCACCGCUCCGCCCACGCGCUUCGCGGGAGCGCAGGCUUCGGGCGGCCGGGCCCCGGGGGCAGAACCGUCGCCGCAGCCUCUCUACGCCUCCCAGGUCCGCAGAGGCCGCUUCGCCAGCCGCUCUGGAAGCCUCGAGUCGGCCUGGCCUCAAGAAGACGAGCCCGAAGGCCCAAGGCGACCCCGCAACUCUGAAGAGCUGUGCCUUGCGCAGCACGCAGGGUCCCCAGCAGACCCGCGCAGUGGCAGUGACGGCAGCGGGUUCCCCCAGAUGCCCCUGCACAGACCCCCGCGGCGCCCCGCCCGCAGCGAGGGCGCGUCCUCAGCUCUAGGGAGCGGGGUGCCGGCGGGUCACCCCGCGGGCCCCACGGAAGGCCCCACCGGGGCGCGCGCGCGCUGCGCUUCCCACCAGGCGGACACGCUCAACUGA